AUGUCCUCAAACACCGCGGACACCGAGCUUUUGCUAUUUCCUACUGUAGAUUCUGAACUUCUUCAAUCUACGCUUUCGGCUCCUCCAUUCGUGAUCGUGGAAGGUAUCUUCAACAUCCGCGACUUCGGCGCCGGGUACGCGACCUCCCUGGGCGACGCACGCGUCAAGCCAUUGUUCCUCUUCCGUUCUGGAGAGCCAUCGGGUAUCACGCCCAAAGGUAUCGAACAGUUUAAGUCCUACGGUAUCAAGAAAGUGUUCGAUCUUAGGGCCGACGUGGAGAUCAGGAAAUACAACACCGUCAUGCCGCAGAUCGAAGGAGUAGAAAUCGUGAGGUCUUUGAUCUCGGAGGAGGCGUUGGACCCAGUGGAAAUUGCCGACCAGUUGAAAGAGUUCUCCGAGGACGAAGCGGUCAUUAUGCAGCUCCUCGGUGUUAGCGACGAGGACAUAGUACAUGACUAUGUGCUCACCAGGAUCGGGCUCCAGCCGGCCUUCCCACUCCUCGCCCUACGCUUCCAGAAGGAGGACGUAUUCCGUAAGAAUUGGAAGGGCGUGAUCAGUCUGGGGACGGCGAACUCGCACAACCAUCUGCAACAUGCCAUCUUGACGGCCCUCCAUCGGUCCCAUACACCUUCGAUUUCUCCGAACCGGAUCCAGAGCUCUUUCAUGUCAUCGAACGCGAGCGAAGCUGUCUGGAAGGGCGACUUCACCGGGGACCUGAAGGAACGGAUCAUCCGGUUUUCGGAUAUCCUCACGUAUGCCGAAGGAUUCGCGCAUUCAGCAAGCUCACAGCUGAAGCUGAAGGAGGUCGCAAUCUUCAAGCGCGAUCAGGAUGGGAAGACGCAAUGCAAGGUGACAUACGAGACCACUGUCGACGAAAGUGCGUACUGCCUCUCUCUAGGCGUUUGUCUAGCGAAGUUCUUCCGGUAUUAA